AUGUCUGUGCCUCAUGCUGAGGUUGAUGUUGCAUACAUCAGGCCUGUUCACGAAAUUGAGCUAGUCCGAGUUGCACUUAAAAUAGAUUUUCUUAAUCUGGAUGAAAAGUAUUGCACUUUAAUUGAUUUGCUCAACUCUGUUAUUCUGCUGUAUAUUCCACGUCCAUUUUGCGUUUCUAUUUUCCUUCAAACUAUAUGUUACUUGUGGUAUCCCCGGUGUGGCUGC